CUCGCUUGCCCUCGCAAGCCAGUCAGCAAUCGGCGCGCGACUCGCUAGCACGCCUCUGUAGAUCAGUUUUAUUCGAUUGUCAACAAACUUUCACCUCGACAAUAAACAAACAAAUUAAACGAGUUCAUUUAAUAAACUGACUGAAUGUAACAAGAGUAAUGCUUCGUUCACGUGGAAAACAACUCAAAAGUAUAAAUUAGUAAAGCAAUUAGUCGCGGUUAAAAGUGUUGGUGGUGUUUUUUUCUUGCACAAUGUGUAACAAUUGAAAAUAUCACAGAAACAUUGAGCCUGGAGAUUUGUUCGUAAUAAAGUUUUAAUGCGUUGGAACGAGCUGUGUUGAGCGUUAAAUAGACUGAAUGUUCCAAUUGUGCAGUGACUAAAUUGAAUUACUACCCGUUGUUGAUCCAUUAUGGGCAAAGAUUAUGGAGAACCGAUUCGGUACGAUCCGAACUUUAACGGCCCUAUACACAACCGGUCGUGCACAGAUGUACUGUGGCUGAUACUGUUCAUACUCUUUCUCGGAGUAUGGGGAUACGUCGGAUACUAUGGUAUGACUCACGGAAGCGUGCAGAAGCUUCUCGCCCCCAUAGAUUCCACCGGCAAACGCUGCGGCCUAGACUCCGGCCUAAUAGACAAGCCUUACCUAGUGUUCUUCGAUAUUUCCAAAUGCUUGUCACCGGGCACACCCAUCGUCGGUUGUCCUACGCCACAGGUUUGCGUAAACCAAUGCCCGACUGAGACAAAAAUAUUUGACAAGGAAAUGACGGAGUCCAACUUCCUGCAAUAUAGGCCCAGCAUGGUGUGCACAGCCGACAUCAAUGUAAACACUUUGACCUACGCACAAGCAAGAGAUUACAUAACACAAAAUAAAUGUGCGAGCUACGUUUUACAAAGUCAAGCAGUGUUAUCCCGUUGCAUCGGCGACCUGUCAACUCUACAAUGCCAGGGGGACAGGAACCCGAGUCCAAAGUCCUUUAGUCCUGGGAGGGAGAUCAGCUGCGUGCGCAACCCUAACGAGGCUCGCAAGUCGCUGGUGAACAGAGCGACGGCGCUCGACUCGUACGUGGGCUGGAUCGUAGCCAGCUGGAUGUCCUUCUUCAGUAGGCAGUCGGACGAGCUCGACACUCACAUUUUGUCGGCGCAAAUAGUACAAGACUUGGUGCAGUCGAGAUGGUACCUCCUUGGAGCGCUGAUUGUCGUGGUGUUCAUAUGUUUCCUGUACAUCUUACUGCUGCGCUGGGUGGUGGGGCCAGUCGUUUGGACCUCCAUCGUAGGGCUCAUUGGCCUUAUGGGAUUUUGCGUUUACUUAUGUUACAAGAACUACGCUUAUUACAAGGAAAACCCGGGGACUUUGCAUCAGACGACGAACCUUAAAGGAUAUGCGGAAUCCAUUUUCAGCAAGCCAUCGACCUGGCUGGUAAUACUCAUCGCGGUAGCCGUGUUGCUACUCAUUCUGGUCUUGGUCGUCAUUUUCUUACGAGGCCGGAUCACUAUUGCUAUUGCGCUGAUCCGCGAAGGAAGCAAAGCUGUGUCUGCAAUAAAAUCGACGAUAUUCUUCCCAAUAUUCCCUUGGAUCCUCCAAUGCUUCGUGAUCGCUUACGGCGUUCUGGUGCUCAUGUACCUGCUGUCUAUUGGAGAAUCUGCCUUCAAGAUUGUCAACUUCAAGAACGACACUUGCACCUGUGAUAAUGGCAUUUAUAAUGCGGACAAUAUACCCUGCGAUCCGGUGCAGUUCAUGACCAGCUGUAGAGACCAGAACACCGGCCAGGCUUGUAGUUUGGCCACGUGUCACUUCACCGGUCUGGACAGUCCCAACAGUGUGGUGUACUUGCAUCUGGCCAACUUGCUGGGCUUCUUCUGGACGAUGUUCUUCAUAAGCGGCGUGUCAGACAUGAUGCUCGCUAGCACAUUCUCCACUUGGUACUGGACCUUCCAGAAGAGAGAUCUGCCCUUCUUCACGCUCACUUCUGGCAUUUUCAGAACUUUACGGUAUCACAUGGGAACCGUAGCUCUAGGAGCACUCAUCAUCGCUAUAGUGCGAGUAAUCCGCGUAAUCUUAGAAUACAUCGACCAGAAGAUUAAGAAGUUCGACAACGCGUUCACUCGGUGCAUCAUGUGUUGUUGCAAGUGCUUCUGCUGGUGCCUGGAGAACUUCCUCAAGUUCAUCAAUAAGAACGCGUAUAUAAUGUGCGCGGUGCACGGAGAAGGUUUCUGCAAGAGCGCGAGAGAUGCCUUCUCGUUGCUCAUGAGGAAUAUUAUAAGAGUUGUCGUGCUGGACAAGGUGACAGACUUCUUAUUCUUCCUAUCAAAGUUAUUGAUAUCAGUGGGCGUGGGUGUUGGCGUGUAUUACCUACUGGACUGGAAGUUCUUCACGGAGGUGACGCAGGGCCAGCCUCUGCACUACAACUACAUUCCCGCCAUUAUCCUCAGUGUUGCCACCUAUCUCAUCUGCACCAUAUUCUUUAAUGUCUAUGCGAUGGCAGUCGACACAUUGUUCCUUUGCUUCCUUGAAGACUGCGAGCGAAACGAUGGCUCACCAGAAAAGCCAUACUUUAUGUCUAAAAAUCUUAUGAAAAUUCUUGGAAAACGAAACAAACAAUUAUAAAGUGCCAAAUAUUAAAGUAUGAGUGUUGUGAAUGUAAGAAUAAAAAGUAGGAGAUUAAGUUGAAUGUGUCAAACUUUGAAUAUCUUAUUCACGAUUUUAUUACCACCUUGUACUUCGAUUUACACGUUUUCUAGGAUUUUUUACGAUAUUUCUAUUUGUAAAAUAGUUUUACUUACUUAGAUGUGUACUCUUUUACAGUAUUGUACUAUAGUUUAUACUAAUAUAUAAUAAAAUACCAAAUAAUAAUUUUGUUAUGUACCUUUUUGAAAUUUAUGAUGAUGGAAAAAUCACACCAUUUUUAAGAGAUACUGAGAUAUAUUUUAUUAUAGAUCGAGAAAAGACUCAACUUCUAAAUAUUUGUUUAAAUGGUUUGUGAUAUCAAUGCAAAUAAAUUACAAGAAAUCAA